CGAAAUGUAUAGCAAAUGAAAGGAUUAUUAAUAUUGCAUUCGCUUUCUCCAUGGGCGAGGAGAGAAAAUUAAGUCUUUGUGUGAGCGGUUGGAUGAGGUGGAAGAUAAAUGAGUGCAGAUUCAAGCAUUGGUUUAAUCCAUGUGUUUGCUUUUUGUUGGCAGUGAUCCAGGACCAUGGCAACGUUGCAGAGCGAGUGGACCCAAACGUUGGCUGCAUUCUAUGCAAAUCCCACACAGUUCCUGACCAGCACCACUACUGAGAUCUUUGUCUCUGAGCUUGUGAAGGCCCUGGCCGACGAGAAAUUCAGCGAAAAUGUCAAGGUGCAAGCUCUUGGAAUAGUCCAGGAGUUUCCUUCGCUGCUCUUCACUGGCCCUCACUCGGCAUUUCGGGCGACACUGGCACUGAUGGACAUCUUUCGCCGGCUGCCCUUCUCCCUGAAGUGUGUAUCUCUGAAGUGCCACCUUCUGCUCUCGCUCACCACUGUGGUGAUCACCGCCGAGCCCCCGAUUGUGGAUGGGGCGAUACCUAGGGACCUCAUGGCGCGGCUGAUUGAUCUGGCGUCCGACAGCAAUGACCGGAAACGGGGCGGGGCGUUUAGACCCCUCCGUGCUGCAGCCUGCGAUUGCCUCCGAGAGCUGGAAACCUGUCGUCCGGGGCUGCUGGCCAGCAAGCUGGAGCUUCUGAGCUCCCUCCAGAGGCAGGAGAUGACCCCGCUACACCAGGCCUAUACCGUCCUGUAUAGCCGGGCGCUGAAGAACGCACUGCGGGUACGGUGCCGGGCAGGCUGUGCCGUGCCAGACGGAGGCAUCCGGCAGCUCCUGCACAGGAACGAGGAGCUAGAGUGGGAGGCGAGCGGAGAGGAGCAGGAUUUGCCGGCAUUGCCGAUCGGCACCCGAUUCUUCCUAAAUCUGUCCCCGGCAGACACCAAGGAUCUGAAGUCGACAGUGUCGCUGCUACUAGAGGAAUCGUACCUGCUCACUCCAGUCUCUCAGGCCGCCCUGCUCCAGGAGUUGGCCCAGAUAGUGCUCCUGGUGCGUUCUCUGUCCCCGGCUAUUUUCAAGUCCCAGCUGCUGCGCCUGUUUGGCACUAUGGACGCCUCGCUUGUCCACACCAUGCUCCACCUGAAGGCCACCUUCACCGACAGUCUCUUCACAGUGGAGGACGAGAGCUUCCUCCUGAAGCGCCUGGUGGGCAUGGCCCAGCACCCGCUGCUCAGCACCCCACUCAAGCUCUUCCACACACACUGCAUCCUCCACUUCCCUGAGAACCGUCCCAUCGGCUGGAAUGCGGACGAAAGCCUCCCAGUGUUGCUGACCCCAAACAUGGCAGCAUUCCUUUUCCCUACACUCUUCAACGACAGUAAUACCAUGCUGUCUCGCCUUAGCUUGGUCAGCCUGGCCUACUUGGAGAGCACUGAUGAAGAACGAGGCCCUGCCGAGGUCUUUGAUUACCUGGUGUCUCUGUACAAACUCGUCAACACCAACGGCAACCGGGAGAGGCUGGUGACGUUUUUCCGGGCGGUGUAUAUAUUCUUCAGUUAUUUUCACGCCAACACACAAUACAUGUCUGAGCUGAGCAGCCACCUGGUUAGGCUGUACCAGGGACACUGCACUGUGGCUCCACACCUUAUUAACCUGAUAAACAGCACCCAGGAACUCCAGGAAGAAUCAAAAUGGCCUGUAGCAUUGGCGGAGGCCUUGCAAAAGGUGAUCGUGGAGCUUCCAAUGCAGCACUUGGCACCUCAGAACCUCACGUGGCACCUGCAGGUCCUUGCCCGGGUUGCCCAGGAAAGCUCGAUCUCACAGGGGAGGACGGUGGAGUGCCUGCUGGGCCUGGCUCAGGGCUCCGAUUUGUGUCAAACAGGGGACUGGCGGGUGGGUAACUCGGUCCUGUCGGUGUGCAGGAGCAUCCUACAGCACCAGAACCUGGAGACCAUCUUCAGCGAGCUGGCUGAUCUCCUGCAGCACCUCUUCCUCCACUUCCAGGACGUAGACAUUCAGGACCACGCUCACUUCUACUACACCAUGCUGACCAGCCUUUCCGGAGAGAAGCUGUCGGGAAUUGUGGCCAGGGGAGUGGGGAACGGCACACGGACAAAGGCCCGCUCCCUCUCCUCCAUCAUGCCGGAGAAUACAGACCUCUCCUCCCUCUCCGUCCUCUCAGUCAAACACCCGACAUUGCAAUUGGUCCCAAUCGUUGAUGAGCAUCGUCCAAAUGCCGAGCUGAGCGGAAACGUCAGCAAACAGGAUGCUGAGGAGCAAUACCUGGAGAAGUACCUGGAUCAGUUCAAUCAGCCUGGGUUCGCUUCCACCGUUGUCAUGAAGUAUUACCUGACUUUUGCCCCGAACGUCGAUUCCCAGUAUCACAAAGUCUUCAGUGUACUUUUACGUUUUGACCUGAGGAGCUCUCAUUACGAGCCAAUUCCCGAUCUCCAUGUUCCAUGUCUUUUCUUCGAUAGAAAACCUCACACUUUCUCCUUGGCUCUCAAAUCAAACUGUCCUUACCCGACCGUUCUACACACAACUGCCAUAUUUACCACCGAGGAUGGACACACUUGUUGCAGCCAACUUGAACCGGUCCAAAUUGGCUUCUCCAGCUUGUUCCUGCACCUUCCUAUCCCAGCCCAUUGGCCAGCUAAUGCCAAAGCCAACCUCUUUGAUCAUCUCUGGGAAUCAUUGGCUGGGGAGGAGUCAAGCCAGGCUGCCCUCAGCCUCUUUUGCUUCAAGACCAACCAGAGCCCUCUGAGUGAGCUGGUGGAGCUGCAUUUUCACACGCACUUGGUCUCAAAGCACACCGACCCAGAGCGGUACAAAAUCCUCCUCUUCCUGCCCCCCCGCUACCACGUUCUGUACAGUGUGGGACUCACGGGGGAGAUGGCAAAGGUGGACAUCCUCACCGACAACUGGAAGCUUCUGCCCUUGAUUAAUGCUUAUCUGUUGACCAUAACAUCUGAAAAUUAGGGUUCCUCAAAACUCUGCCACUGUCAGCACACCUUGGUGCUACCUUCUACCUCAGGGUAUCAACCAGCUGUCAGUUAGGUAUUAAGUCAUCUCAAUCAAGCCCUCACUUCUGGGUCGUAAGAAGGUUAUGAGUUUGAAGCCCCUGAUUUAGGACUUUGAGCUGUGUCGACCAUUGUCUUUUGAAUGAGGAGUUAAAAUCCUCAUCUGCUUGUUCUUCAGGUGGAAUUUAGAGAAGCCAUGACACUGUUUGAAAAGAAAAAGGAGUUUCUCCCAAUGUGGCCAACAAUUGUCCAGAUGAAUUGGUCAUUGUCCUCCCGGCUUUGUGUAGGACCUUGAUUGUGCUUAAUGGCUGCUGUGUUUGCCUACAGAAACCGUACAUUUAACAGUAAUUACUGCGAAGUUCUUUGAAAUACUUUGAGUGAUGAACUCAAUAAAAAUGUAAGUUAUUUGUUUCUGAAUAAACUUGCUAUUCAAAAUAAA